AAUGGGAACCUGAGUUCCAAGAGGCUCUGCAGGUCCAAUUUGGGUCAAGCUUUGGGAAGUUCCUAUGGAUGUUUUUACCCCUGAUGGUUUGGGCUACAUUUCUAGUGCAAUUGGUGUUCCUCUGGCUUUGGAUAAAGCAACAGAGGAUAGGACUUGUGUCGAUUUUGCUAAAGUUUUUGUUGAAAUUGAUGUUGCUACAACAAAUGAUCUCCAUGAUACUAUUCCUGUUUCUGUAGAUGAUAUCUUUUCAAAGGAUGUUAAGGAACAUGCUAAUGACCCGUCUCCAAAACUUCAUGGUGAUUCAGUGCAACAGUCUACGUCUCAACCACUUUCUAAGGGGCAGAACUCUUUUGUAGCUCUUGAAUCCAUUGAGGAUGAGAAGGCUUUUCCUCCUCUACACUCUAUUUUAUCCAAGUCUCCUCGAAAGCCUAGGCAAGCUUCAAUGGGAGUCAUAGCAGCCACCAAAGCCCUUGCCCCCAGACAGAGACAAUCCAAGAAAGUAGGAAAUUCCUCUAGUGAGGGCUGCUUCAUGUAUCAGUUAUGCAAGAAGCUAAAGGCUUUGAAGGUCCCUCUUAGGCAACUUAAUAGAGAUUGUUACAGUGAUAUACAUACCAAGGUGCAACAAGAAUCAAAGAAUCUACGUGCUCUUCAAGUAGAUUUAUUGUCCAAUCCUCAUGAGGAUUUGGCUCUUAUGAAACAACAACAAGCUAAAUUGGUCAUUGACUUGGUCUCAGCAGAGGAGGCAUACUUGAAGCAAAAAUCUAGAGUUAAUUGGCUCAAGGUGGGGGGUGAUGGGGCAAGGCUUUCUCAACUAGUUGAAAUUGCUAAAGAAGCUGUCAGCUUUUACCGAAGGCUGCUUGGCACUGAAGAUGCAACUUGCAAUGGUGGUGACCUAAAUGAGUUGAAGGGUAUUUUAGAUUUUCAACUACGAGAGCAUGUAAGGAAUGCUCCUAUCCAGCCUAUCACUACAGAUGAAUGCAAAUCAGUAUUUUUUCAUAGUCCAAAUAACAAGAGCCUAGGACCUGAUGGCUUUACUGCUGAAUUUUUUAAAGAGGCACGGCCUAUUAUUGGAGACUUGGUUAUUAAGGCUAUUCAGGAAUUUUUUACUUCAGGAAAAUUGAAGAAAUGCCUACCUUUGUUUGUUAGCAAUAACCGGUGUGCUUUCAUUGAGGGCAGGCUUAUGGUAGAGAAUGUAUUACUUGCACAAGAGGUUGUUAGGAACUACCACAGGUCUAAUUUGUCUCCAAGGUGUGCACUGAAAAUUGAUUUGAUGAAGGCCUUUGAUUUAGUUAGCUGGGAUUUUCUCUUCAAAGUAUUAGAAGCGUUGGCCUAUCCAUCUGUCUUUAUAUCUUGGAUCAAGACCUGUGUCACAACUCCCAUGUUUUCAGUGUCUAUAAAUGGCAAUAUGGAGGGAUAUUUUCUUGGGAAGAAAGGUAUAAGACAAGGUGAUCCUUUGUCCCCCUAUUUGUUUGUCAUAUGUAUAGCAGUGUUAUCCAGGCUUCUGAAUAAGGCUGCUCAAGAAGGAUCUCUCCCUUAUCAUCCAAAGUGCAACAAGGUCGGCCUUACUCAUUUAUGCUUUAUGGAUGACUUGCUUAUUUUCACUCAUGGUUCAAGAGAAGCUGUGGCUAUUAUCGAUUCCAUUUUACAGAAAUUCUAUACAAUUUCAGGCUUGAAAGUGAACUACCAAAAAUUUGAACUUUUUUGCUGCAGGAUAUCUAAUUCUACAAUUCAAUGUCUAAUAGAAUCUUAUGGUUUCAAGCUUGGUAUAUUGCCUGUGAGAUAUCUAGGAGUCCCGUUAAUUACAGAAAGGUUGACUGAUGCUGAUCUUAAGCCCCUAAUAACUAAAAUCACUGCUAGAAUCCAAUCUUGGUCUUCCAAGUACCUUUCCUUUGCUGGUAGGCUUCAACUUAUCACCUCUGUAUUUGAGGGAAUUGCUAACUUCUAGUGCUCAGUUUUUGUCCUACAAAAAAGGGUCCUUUUAAAGGUUGAAAACAUCUGCAGUGCUUUUUUAUGGAAGGGUUCAUCUACUAAUGCUAAGGGUGCUAAUGUUCAGCGGUUUGAUGUAUGCCAACCAAAGAUUGAAGGAGGAUUGGAUAUUAAGUUUCUACAAUAUUGGAAUGUUGCGUGUAUCUUAAGGUUCAUAUGGCUCUUAUUCUCUAGAUCUGGUUCUUUAUGGGUGGCUUGGAUUCAUGAAUACAUGCUUAGAGGGAGA